AAUCUGUAAUUCAGUUUAUUUUAUUUUCCAACAAAAUUGUUCACAUUUUGGUCCCGUAAAAUUUAAUCAAAAUUAUGACGUUGCAAAAAUUUUGGUGAAACUAUAAAUAAAUUGAACUGAAAUUCAUUGGUUAAAUCCAGAUUGUAAAAAUGUCAAAGGAAAUUUCAAAAAUGCGAUUGCCGAAAAAAAGCUUCUCAGAUAGCUUCAUAUUGGUAAAUUCCAAGAAAACUGGAAUGGCGAACGUUUAUCCAACUAUUAAUACCUCUGAAACACCAAAGAAGGGCAAUGAUGCUUGCUCAUCAGUUCAAUUGCAUAAGAAUAUCUGUGGUGAUGGUUUAAAUACGUGUUCAUCUAUUUAUGAAUAUGAUGAAGAAAGUGAUGUCCUAGACAAACUAAUAAUAUCGAAAUUGAUGGUUUUUCAAAUUCAAAUAAAAAAUUUAAUAAAGCUUUCGAAAAAAAUAGAGAAGGGAAUAUUGAGGAUGGAAGCGAUGCAAUGCAAUGAAUCCAGUACGUAAACAAUAUGUCCUGAGAAGAAGAGGAGUACCGAAAGACCAAAACAGAUUCAGUCUAGCAAGUGGUCGUGUUGAACUCUUCAAUUAAAAUUUUGGAGAAAGUAUAUUGAGAGGAGGUCUAUUGCUUGUAAGAGCAGAUGAAGGGAAACCAUUUACAAGAUUGUCAGAUGAUUAACCCUUUGAUUGUUCAUGUGCUGGUAAUCAUAAGAAAGCAAAUAAUAUAACUUUGUGGACUGUAUACUUUACUUGGGGACACUACUUAUUUCCUUAUUGGAAAUACGGAGUUGAGGUCAUUGGUUUGUAUUGAUGGCAUGAUUUUUAAAAUGACAGAAGAAUGUUUUUCUGCGAGGUGUUGACGAAACUAGUGAUGAAACACAACAUAUGACAAGUUCACACAUAAUUGUUAGUUUUGGCAGUUUAAAAUCUCAGUUUAUUUUGUUUAUUUUAAAAUUAAAACGUUUAACUUACAACUUA